UAACAAGCACGAGACAUACCGUUGAACGCGACUUAGUUCAGGGAAAGAAGGUUACAGUCUUAAGACUCUUAACAAGUUCUACCAUUGUAAUUCGUAUGCGUAGGAGAAUCCCAAAAAUGGUUCAGAUUGGUUCAAAUUCUCGCUCGGUGGUUGAACACAAGAGAGUAGUAAUAGAGAGCACCCAUGAUGAGAAGCUUGUUGGGAUAUUGCAUGAAAUGGGCUCUCCCGAGCUUGUAAUUAUAUGCCAUGGUUUCCGUUCCUCGAAGGAUCGAAUUCCUAUGGUGAACCUUGCGGCUGCUUUUGAAAAAGAAGGAAUUAGUGCCUUCCGCUUUGACUUUGCUGGCAAUGGGCACCAUGUUUUCGUCUUCCCAAAGACAUGACUUGUCUCUGAAAGCUUACGAUGGGUCCAAGGUUUACCAAGUAUCUUGUUCAUUAAUAAGCAGGGAAAGUGAAGGAACGUUUCAGUAUGGUAACUACCGUAGAGAAGCUGAAGAUCUAAGAGCCGUGGUCGAACAUUUUCAAGGGGAGAAACGAUGCAUAGUGGCAAUUAUUGGGCACAGCAAAGGAGGUAAUGCUGUGCUUCUUUAUGCUUCUUGGUAUAAUGACAUACAAACAGUGGUAAAUAUUGCUGGGCGUUAUAAUCUAAAGAGAGGAAUUGAAGGUCGCUUGGGUAAGGACUUCCAAAAGAACAUUGAGCAAAAUGGAUUCAUUGAUGUUAAAAAUAGAAGAGGGAAGAUUGAAUAUCGUGUGACGAAGGAAAGUUUGAUGGACCGUCUAGCAACAGAUAUGCAUGCUGCAUGUCAGUCUAUUCAUCCAAGCUGCAGGGUAUUAACCGUUCAUGGUACGUUGGAUGAAUUUGUGCCUGUUGAAGAUGCAAUGGAAUUUGCCAAAUAUAUACCAAAUCACAAGCUACAAAUUGUUGAAGGAGCUGAUCAUGAGUACACUUCACAUCAAGAAGAGUUGGCUUCUAUUGUGCUGGAUUUUGUGAUGGCGAGUCUAUAUAAAGACAAGUGUGUUUCUAAAACAUCGUUGUCUUGUUCAAAAACUGAUAAAUUGAUCGAUUCACGCCUUUGAAUCUUGAAUAUAUGUGAGCAAAAGAUUGAAUUGCACAUUAACUUGAAUGACAAAAAUAUUAUGAGGGUCUUUCGUCUGUAUAGUUAAACAUUUAAACAUGAUAAGCAUUAAUGCUCUUGUUCUUAUUAUUGUUGAGUGACUCAUAAUCGAUAACAUUGUUUGU